AUGGGCCGCCGCUCCGCCUCCCCACGUCGCAGUCCGCGCUACUCGCGUCCACGCAGCCGCAGCAGCAGUCGCGGCGCCGGUCGGAACUCGUCCCCGCCCAAGCGCUCGCGCUCCCGGUCGCGUGGCUCGCGUCGCGUGCGUUCGCGCUCCCGCGACCGUCGACAAGAGCGCAGUCGCGACACCCGACGCAGUCGCCGCUCGCGCUCGGCCGAUCGCGGCAGUCGCGAGCCCAUUAGUCUCCUCGUGCGUAAUCUGUCGCCCGAAACGACGUCGGACGAGCUCCGUCGCGCGUUCUCGCGCCGUGCCGGUGACAUCCUCGACGUGUAUCUGCCCAAAGAGUUCAAUUCAAACCGCCCACGCGGGUUUGCGUUCAUUGAGUUUGCCGACUCGCGCGUCGGUCGCGACGUAAAGUUCGAGAUGGACCGGUCGCAGAUUGGCGGCCGCGAGAUUGCUGUGCUCUUUGCAAAGCAGCACCGCAAGAGUCCGCAAGAGAUGCGGCGGAUUCUGAACUUACCGACGGAACGAUCCCCGAGACACUCGUCACGACGACGCUCCAAGUCGCGCUCGCGCUCAGGAUCGCAGAAUCGACCGAGACGCAGCACCAGUGCUGACCGCAAGCAGGGGUCGGUUUCUCCGCGCCGCUCUCCACGUGCAUCGCCGUCUCCGCGCCGUGCUUCUCCUUCUCUUUCGCCCAAGCGGGAGAAAAGGAGUGCUGACCGCAGUUUGUCACCCGAAGCCGACGAGACCAUGUCCGAGGAACGGGGAAAGAAGCCUUGCAUUUUAACUCGAUCAAGAAUGUUUCAUGACGAUGCUUGCAUUUGA